AUGGCGGCUCCAUUCGGCAGUUCCCCGACGAUGGAUGAUAGUCAUUUUGGAAGAGGCGAUUCUAAACCGACAGCUCUGACCGAUCUUCACCCAGCCGGAAAUAACGAGGAAUCGUCUUUCGAUGAAUUUAAUGGUGACGGUGAAUCAUCACAGCAUACUGAUGUUGUUGGUAUUCCCAGCGACGACGAUUGCGCUGGAAGUCGGCCUCUUCUCGAGGACGACGCUUUGGAUGACGAUGAAGAGGAAGUAGUUGGAGUAGCACUACCUCCUCAACAACCACAGAAUGUCUCAAAGUCAUUGUUUGUUGAUCCGGAUCUGGUUCCCUUUCCAUCGCGGAAAAGUACUAACCCUUUCCUGGUGUCCACCUCGGAUGAUACGCCAAAAAUUUCGCCUGUAUUGCCUAGUGCGGUUCAACAACUGAAAUGGCACGAAUCAGAGCAAACCGCGGUCAUAGGAUUCUGUGAACCCAACAUUGCACUCAAUAUGACUGUUCAACAACCUCCUGUGUUGGCAUGUGGAUUUGCUCCUGCCACUCUUCCACGUCAAUCCACUCCACUGACAGCUGCUCCAAGAUUUGCAGUCAAACCUACAGUAGCGCUUGAAUCGCCAUCGAUUCCCUGCAUAUCACAACCGCCACCUGUAGCGCCUAUUCGACCCACACAACCGGCACAACAUCCCGUUUUGCAACAGAGCUCUGUCACUAAGCAGGUGGUUUUGCAAACACUCCCUUCAAAUGAUUCUUCCGUUCCGUCAGUUGUCGAAAGGAAUCCUCCGUCCAGUGUACCGCAAGUACCGCAAGUUCGUAGCCUUUUUACAGACAAACAGGAUUCUCACUCAUCACCUGUAGUAAAGUGUGCCACUCCCAGUUUCAUUGAAGGACCAAAGACUCCGAAACCUAAAAAGAGCAAAGAAAAGAAAAGACGCACCAGCAUGUCGAAAAAGAAGAAGAGAUCAUUCCCUCUUCUGGGUUCGAAUCCGUCAGUUGCACCUUUGGAUUUGAAGUUAUCUGGCGCUUCGAGUGCGGCUCUGUUGAAGAAAUCAUCAGCGAAGAAGGAGCAGCGCUACUUCGGUCAUCCGAAAAGGGAGCGGGGAGUACUGUAA